GUCUGAUGAUGUCAUGUGUAAAGUUUUUGCAAGCGGAAUGUUGAAAGUGAAUCAUGUAGUUCAAGUGACUUAUGUAUCAGGAGGGGUGAUUCUAAACAAAUGUGAGAAAGGGUAAAAAGGAAAGGAUUGUGCAACACUGGGUUUGUGACACAUGAAAACUGUACUUGUAUCGGGUGGCAACACACCUGACCACUCCCUGACCUAUUGGAAUGGAAUAGUCUGAGCUGUUUAUGGUUGGAUCAUAUGAUCGUCACACAAGUUCCGCAAUUCGGGGUUCAACAGGUGCAAGGUACAGUGAGGUACGGAGUCUCUACUGCAGUUUUUCACUUACAGACAGCACCCUGACCUUGAUUAAAAAUGGGAAACGAGAAGAGCAAAAAUACCCAAGAAGAAGUGGGUGCCACAGAUGACUUCUCUGGUGUCCUCAAGUAAUGGAUGAUGAUGAAGAGGCACCUCCACUAGAUGUUGGUCUUCUUGAGAUAAGUGAAGAUGAUUUGUCCCCACAACAAAGGAAGAUGUUACAUGAAAGAGCUGCAGAUGGGGGAGGAAACAUAACUGCUCAAGAAGCUCUAGACAUCGCAGCUGCUAGUGAGUCAGAACCUGACAAGGUCAAGAUUGGAAUUGUUGGGGAUGCAGGGGCAGGGAAGAGCACGUUUAUCAACUCAUUCCGUGGGUUGUCACCAGAUGAUGUGGGAGCUGCUAAAGUGUCUGCAUUUGGACAUGCCACAACUGAGUCAGAAUCUUAUGAUGUCCCUGGGAAAGCAGUAGUUCUUACUGACUUUCCUGGUGUCUUAUUCAAGCCUAAGAUGGAAGCCAGUAGUACAGAUAUCGAUGGGACUGAAAAGGUUAUCUUCAACACAUCAAGUUACCUUGAUCCCAAUAAAGCAAAGAUGCAAGAGUGUGACUUUUUCCUUAUUUUUAUGCCAAAUCGGCCAGGCAACAAUGUAGUCUGGAUUGCAAAAGAAGUGCGCAAGAUGGGGAAAAGACUUCUGUUUGUCAGAUCACAAGCAGAUGAAGACAUUGAAAGGGCAAGGCAUGACAACCCCAAAGACUUCCAACGA